AUGGAGAUUGAUGCGCAGGCCGACGCGAGCCUAGAUCUGGAGAGCCUGUUCAGCGGCGCCACCGGGGCAGCCCGGCUGGAGCACCUGCUUUUUGUCGCCGACAAGUUCAAGGGCCAGGAGCUGGAGCUGGAGGCGCUGCGCCUGGCAGCCGACCAGCUGGCAGCGGCUUCCAACGUCAAGCUGCAUCGUGAGGUCCUGGAACGCAUCGGUGGACGACUGGGGCCUGCGUACGUUCUUGACAGGCCCCAGCUGGAGGCAAAGGAGCGGGCCCUGGCGGCCCAGUCCUCGGUCCUGGAUGCCGACCUGGCGGCGGCCCGAGCCACUCAGUCCAAGGAUGCGGUCAGGGCCGCGCACCGUGCCCUGGCGGAUUGCUGGGCCUCCCAGGGCGCCGUCAACGAGGCGAUGAAGGGGUACAUGCGCAUGCGCGAGUUCUGCACCCAGCCAGACCAUGUGCUGACGAUGUGCAUCAGCAUCAUCAAAUGUGCGGUGGCGAUGCGGCAGUGGGUGCAUGUGGCGGCGUACAGGAAACGGGGCGAGUCUGUCGUGGCCUCCUCGACCGAUACGAUGGCAAAGAGCCAGCUGGCGGCCGCUGGGGGUCUGUACAGCCUGUCCCAGGCAAAGUUCGAGGAGGCGGCACGCAGCUAUGUCGAGGUAUCCCCCGACCUGGGUUCGGAGUUCUCUGACGUCAUCUCUGCCCAGGACAUCGCUACGCAUGGGGCCAUGUGUGCGCUGGCGUCCCUGGAUCGGCCGGCCCUGCAGAGCCUGGUGAUCGACUCGCCGGGAUUUCGGGAGCACCUGGAGUCGGUGCCCGAGAUUCGCGACGCCGUGAACUCCUUCCAUGCCUCGCGCUUUGCGGACUGCCUCCGGCACCUGGAGGCGGCGAGGCCCGGCAUGGAGCUGUCGCCGCACCUGGCCCCCCACCUCCCCGCACUGUUCAAGGAGAUCCGGCGCCGGGGUCUGGAGCUCCACGCCCGCCCCUAUGCCACCCUGGCCCUGUCCGGCAUGGGCGCCGCGCUGGGCCUGAUCCCCGCCGAUCUGGAGGCGGAGCUAGAGGCGCUGAUCGUGGGCGGGCGGCUGUCCGCGCGCAUCGACGGCGCGGCGGGCGUGCUGCGCGCGCACCGCCCCGACGCGCGCGCUGGGGCGCUCGGUGCCGUCCUGGCGGCGGGAGAGGAGUUUGUCGCGGCCAGCCGGCUCCUGGCGCUUCGGGCCUCGGUCCUGCAGCACGGUCUGGUGCAGGUACUUCUUGUGGCUGUCUAUGUGGAAGAAUGGGGGGAGGGCACGGGAACCGAAGGUGGGCACGGACUGGUGCUGCGCGCUGGGAGUUGGACGCUGGGCAUGUAUGCGUGGCGGCGCACAUGGGCGGCGUCGACACUAGGGUUCAAUGUAGUGUGUGCCGCGCUGUUGGCCCGGCAUAGCUGUGGGGCCGGGGCUGGCACCGAGGGCUGA